AUGACCACAACCAACUCUUCCAGGCGGCAACUCAGCGUCUUCGACGCCAAAUUUGUUGUUGACCUCGCAACCCAUCAGUCUUACUCCGAAAAUGUCUUUCUCUUCGUGCCCAACCUUAUAGGCUACACCAGAAUUAUUUUAGCUGGUCUUUCUCUACAUUUUAUGAGUUAUCAUCCAAAAUACUGCACUGCAGCCUACGUUAUUUCGUGUCUUCUGGAUGCUGUGGACGGACAUGCAGCGCGCGCCCUCGGCCAAACUUCAAAGUUUGGGGCUGUAUUAGACAUGGUGACCGACCGCUGCACAACGACCUGCCUACUUUGUUAUCUCUCGAUUGCUUAUCCAGCCUAUACGAUUUUCUUCCAAUUCCUCAUUGCUCUUGACUUCAGCAGUCACUAUAUGCAUAUGUACAGUUCCCUUUUAACUGGUUCCAGAAGCCACAAACUUGUCACUAGUGAUGUGAGUCGGAUCCUUUGGCUGUACUAUAAUGACUCACGAACGCUAUUCCUCAUUUGCGCUGGAAAUGAAUUAUUCUUUGUUGCCCUGUACCUGGUCAAAUGGACAUCUACACCUCUUCCUAUCGAUUUCACGGCACUUCCUGUUGUAGGAGACUUGCUACAGGGCUUGACCUAUCCGCAGGCUCUCGCGCUCCUCAGUUUCCCCGUAUGCGGGUUGAAGAACUUUAUCAACUUAGUACAAUUGUGGAAGGCUUCAAAAAUUCUUGUGGGUGUUGAUUUGGCUGAGAGAGCGAAGGCUCGGCAGGAGAAAGGACGGUGA